CUCUAAAUUCGAGCACGUUGAAUAGUGAUCGUCGUCGUCGGCGUUUGCCUUCGGCGUGCGCCCUGUGUAGUGGUAACGUCGUCACAGUACUUUCCGCCGCUGAGAUGUUGAAAUUCCGGAGAUUAUUUCCACGACCUUGCUCGAUCAUCGGAAUGAUCCAUGUAGAAGCGCUGCCUGGAACGCCGAGGUACAAAGGACCCGUUGAGAAGAUCAUAGAAGAUGCAGUGGAGGAGGCUUCGAUAUAUGCCAAGUAUGGCGCGGAUGGCAUCCUGGUUGAGAACAUGCACGACAUCCCUUACGUUAAGAAGAAGGACCUGUCGCCGGAAAUCGUGACUCUAAUGACGAGAAUUUGUACAGAAGUUAGGAAAGUGGUGCCAGGAAACACAGUGUGCGGCGUUCAGAUCUUAGCGGGAUGCAACCGAGAGGCGAUCGCGGUUGCUAAAGCUGCGGGAUUUCAAUUUAUCAGGGCCGAGGGAUUCGUCUUCUCUCACGUGGCAGACGAAGGCUUUAUGGACGCAAGUGCCGGGACUCUGUUGAGAUAUAGAAGGCAAAUCGACGCGGAAGACGUCCUCGUCUUUGCCGAUGUCAAGAAGAAACACAGUUCGCACGCCAUCACUUCCGACGUAACUCUGCUAGAGACGGUAAAAGCGGCGGAAUUCUUUCUGGCCGAUGGAAUUAUAUUAACCGGUAGAGCGACUGGCGAGGAAGCGAACAUGCAGGAUCUCACAGAAGUGCGGAAGUGCGUGGCGGAGCGGCUACCGGUGCUGAUCGGUUCAGGAGUGACGUUGGACAACGUGGGCAAUUACACGGCAGCCGCGGACGCGCUGAUCGUAGGAUCGUACUUGAAGACGGCCGGCCGGUGGGAAAACUCGCUUGACGCGCACAGAGUUCAGGCGCUGGUCGAGUACUUAAAAAGCCGACAGCAACAACAAUCGUCGUAGAAGCGGCGACGACGUUUGGCGCGGCUGACCGACCAGCGAG